UAUUCAGUCAAACAAGCAGAAGAUAAACAUCUUGCUCCGGGUGCGAUAUCUGGCUGCACUCAGGUGGGCAAGUCGUGACGACAUCAAACCCCUCCCCUUCAUCAUGACUCAGGCAUAGGACAGCUCUCUUCCUUACAUCCCAUCAUACCUGAGGUGUCAGACACGCUGGUUGUCAGGUGUUAAGCCAAUGGUACUAUCAUGGCUGAAGAAGGCUACUUUCUCCUCUGUUGUUGUGUCAACAUCAGUUAAAUGUAGCGAAGGUCGACACCCGUCCUGAACAGGUCAAAACAAGACACACAGCCGAACCAUGGUUUACCUGAUUUACCACAAGUUGAUGAUGUCACGUCUUUUUUUCAGUGCACACGGUGGGACAAUUUGUCCCAGGAUGAGGAGAGGUAUUAGGAUGACACUGUUUUUGCUGCUGUCAGCAGCUGUAGAGUCCAACAGCAUGUCUCCACCGGGGAAACCAGUCCUGCUUGGCUGCAGGUCCCCUGAGAAGGAGACGUUUACCUGCUGGUGGGAGCCAGGCUCCGAUGGAGGGCUGCCCACCACAUACCACCUGUACUAUGAGAGAGAAAGAUUGGAGGGAACGUACGAGUGUCCCGACUACCGGUCGGCAGGGAGGAACUCCUGUUUCUUUGACAAGAACCACACCUCCAUCUGGGUCGACUACUACAUGACAGUGAUGGCCACCAAUGCUCUCGGUAAAGCCACUUCCGACCCCUUUAAGAUGGAUGUGAUGGAAAUAGUGAAGCCCGAUGCUCCUGAAAAUCUAACGCUGCUGGUGGAGAAGAGUGAGUACAGUCCAUAUCUCCAUGCCAGAUGGGAGCCUCCCUCUAACACAGACACCAAGUCUGGCUGGGUUACCAUUAAAUAUGAACUAAGAGUCCAACAAGAAAACGGCAUCAAGUGGAAGGAGUACAUGUCAGGUACACAAACGCAUUUCAGCCUACACAAUGUCAGUCCUGGGGUGUUGUACACGGUGCAGGUGCGCUGCAAACUAGACCAUGGCUCCUGGAGCGAGUGGAGCAACAAUACCCAUGUGAAAAUCCCUAACUAUCUUCCAAAUGAGGUACCAUUUUGGAUAUUGGUUUCUAUCCUCUCUGCAAUUCCAUUUAUAACAGCAGUGUGUAUCUUGGUAGCGAAGAGGAAAUCUGUGAAGCUGUGUGUUCUGCCCCCUGUUCCCGGUCCAAAGAUAAGAGGAGUUGAUGCUCAACUUCUCAAGAAUGGGGGACCAGAAGACAUUGACAAUGCACUGAUCGUCAAUCAGAGAUUUCCUCCUAUGGUGGCCUGGAAAGACCAGAGUGAAGAGUACCUAAUUGUGACUGAAAAUGAUGAUGGCCUUCCCACCAAUUCUCAAAAAAGGAAGAAAAGCUUGAUUAUUCCUUCUGCCUUCCACUUAAACUUGGAAAUCCAUUGUAAGGAGUCAACCCCCAGCCAAAAUGACUGGGAGAAGUCAGAGGAAAGAAAUAAUGAACUAGAUACCCCAAUCACACCCUUUACAAACAGCAGUUAUGUGGAUAUUCAGAGACAUGGGGAAAACAUACAGGGGGUGGAUGUGAAACAGGUGGACUACAGCACCGUAAAAGAGGUCAACGGUGAAAAUGUUCUCAUCUUUAAAAAAGAAAACGUCCCAUUUAGGAGCUCUGGCUACAUGGAUGUUCAGGAACAGGAACACAUACCAAAGGACUACAGCAGGGUGAAAAAGGUGGAAAGUGACAAUUUGGUCAUCCUGCAGAAACAAAAGGGAUACCACUGCACAGACUGUCCCCUUCAGAAUCCAAUAAAACCUCAUGUGUGCACAGAACUUAUUGAUAGUGGAUAUGUAGAUACCACACCUGCACCACCUUCAAUGUAGAGUUUUACUUCUUACGCUGUCCUUUUGGUGUCCAGUGGAGAGCAGUUCUUGUGAUAUUAAGAUAAAUGACAUUUGAUACAGACUUUUAUAUGCUCCACAGGAUGAAUCUUCAUAACUUGUAAUAAUGAGGUUCACAUUUUUUGUUUUGAGUUAAAUACUUUGACAUCUUGUACUAAAUAUAUUGUUGUGACAUUUGUUACAUAUAUUUAAUAGUCCCUAGACUUUCAUCUAGCACCAUCAUCACGUCAGAAUUACAAUCUGUCCAAUACCAAAAUAAG